GACAGUACUUCACCAUAGCUUUUGCCUUUGGUUUCAGAAUCAGAGAGAUGCAGUGAGUGUCAGAUCCCCUCUUUUAGCGCCCCAAGAAAAACCCAAAAAAUAAAUUAAAAAAAAAAAGAAAUGAGAAAAGGAAAACAAAAUUAAAAUUCAAGUACAAAAAUGGACGUAGUGAUGUUCGGCAUCAUAAUCGGCAUAAUCGUGCUUUUCUUUGGCCUCGUUUGCUUCAUCACCAUCGAAGGCACUUGCAAGCGCCGCAACUCCUAAUUCCCUCCCCCAAACACGCCCCAAAUUUAUCGGGCCGUCACCCAAAACCUCCGCAGUUCCUUUCCGUUACAUUUGGAAGAAAUGGCAUUUCGUAUCUCCGUGCUGGUUACGGCUUUGGUGGUUGGGCUGUGCUUGGAUCUGAGCUGGGGCCACUCCGGACACGGUGCGUCGCAGGUCCAUGAGUCCCGUGCUCACCACCACUGUGAUCACGGACACGACCAUGAUCAUGAUCAUGAUCAUCAUCAUCAUGAGGACCAUUUGGUCUCGAAGCUUCCGGAGGAGUUGGCGGAGGAGGAGGAUAUGAAAUUGUACGGGUUCGGCUUCGAGCACGACCAUCAUCACGAACAUAUUGGUGGUACUUCGGAGCUCUCGGGUCUAGGUCUUUGGGUAAAUGCUCUGGGAUGCUCUUUUUUGGUGAGCAUGGCUUCUCUAAUAUGCCUGAUUAUCCUGCCGGUAAUAUUUGUACGAGGGAAACCAUCAAAAGCAGUUGUUAAUUCAUUGGCUUUAUUUGGGGCAGGAGCUAUGCUAGGAGAUGCUUUUCUUCACCAAUUACCGCAUGCUUUUGGUGGCCAACACUCCCAUUCGCAUGAUCACAAUGCAGAUCAUGCUCAUCACGAUCAUCUUGGACAUGAUCUUUCACAUUCGCAUUCUUUGAAAGACCUCUCUGUAGGAAUGUCUAUCCUUGCUGGUAUUGUACUUUUUCUUGUUGUAGAGAAGGUGGUGAGGUAUGUUGAAGAGAACUCCAGAGGAGCUCAUGCACGGAGUCAUGGUCAUCACCACCAUCAUCAUAAGAGCAGUAAGAUAUUGAAGGAUGAUAAUAAUUCUCAUGACAUUGUGCAGUCAGUAUCUUUAGAUGGAAAAGAAGGAAAGACAUUGGAGAUGUCAUCUGAAGAAAAAGUGUCAGGUGAAGUGUCAGAAAAAUCUUCGAAGGAAAAUGAUCUGACCCAGCAUGAACAUCUUCGGAAGAGAAGCUCUGUUGCUGGUGCUAGAGAAGAUAAAGCCGAUGUAGAUUUUGCUGCAAAUAACUUCACUGAGGAUACUGAUUUGAAAGAGAAAGAACCCACUCAAUCCUCAACAAAUCUUGUGUUUGGUUAUCUCAAUCUCUUUUCUGAUGGUGUUCACAAUUUUACUGAUGGAAUGGCUCUAGGAAGUGCUUUCCUUCUUUAUGGAUCUGUUGGCGGGUGGUCUAGAACUCUGUUUUUGCUUGCACAUGAGCUUCCUCAAGAGGUUGGUGAUUUCGGUAUUCUUGUGAUGUCUGGUUUCAGCGUCUCCAAAGCUCUCUUCUUCAACUUCCUCUCAGCACUGGUGGCACUAGCAGGAACUGCACUGGCUUUGCUCUUGGGACAAGAUCCUGGUCAGUCAUCUUUCAUUGAGGGAUUUACUGCAGGUGGAUUUAUAUACAUUGCAGUUGGAGUGCUUGCAGAAAUGAAUAACAAGGGCAACUCAACAUUGAAAUGUACAGCAAUCCAUUUAACUUCACUCAUACUGGGCAUGGCUGUUGCGCUUUGUAUUUCCCUUGUAGAAUGAAAAUGUGUUAAACAAUUGUCAGACAUGUACCUUGAAAAAACUUCAGAUAAACAAGUAUCAACGUAAGAUCUUUCUUUCAUGUCUAUUCAACAGCAUCCUUGGUGUUAGUAGUGGA